AAUUGGUGACGAUAAUUAGAUAACCUCAAAAAUGAAGUCGCACAUUGUACAGAAGGCAUGCGCAGGUUCUGUGUAAGACGUAAAAUAAUUUGCGUUUUAGAUGGCUCGGAUAUUCUAGGAUUCACAGAAAAUAAAUGUAUCAUAAUGUACUUUGUUUAAAUCAAGAUAAACAAAUUAAAGCGAAUAUAUUUUCAAGCGCAACAGUCAGAGGCUGGAGCAAACAAUUAUGAACUGCUUCACUAUUAUACGGUUUAAACACUAUGCAGCUUUAAACAAGAGUCUAAUAGAGCACUGUUUUAAACGGUAUGUACCUAUGUGCCAGGCCAGAUUCUACGUUGCGGAAAGUGAAAAUCGUUACAGGCAGCGUGCCAGUCCAAGCGAGCGAACGCAAAGAAAAGCAUUGCGGAUACGUAUAGUGCAAAAUUUCAAACAUACACGGAGAAAAGUAGAAGAAAUUAUCGAGAGAGAAAAUAUUUGGACUAUACCCAACCUGCUCUGCAUGGGUCGCAUAGUAACAUCACCAUUCUUAAGUUACUUGAUCUUGUCGCAAGAUUAUCAGAUAGCGCUAUGGUUGCUUGCGUUUGCAGGACUGAGUGAUUUAGCAGACGGUUGGAUCGCACGCACUUGGACGUCGCAGGCAUCGAAACUCGGGAGCUUCUUGGAUCCAGUCGCAGACAAGUUGCUCGUUGGCACUCUCUUCCUCUCUUUGGCAUGGGUCGGUUUGAUACCAGUUCCACUCGCCUGUCUCGUUGUCACGCGCGACGUUGGUCUAGUAACUGCCGCGUCUUACAUCAGAUAUCGUUCUUUGCCUCCGCCAAAAACCUUGGCAAGAUAUUUUGAUCCUACACAUGCCACUGUGCAGUUAGCACCGACUCUAACCAGUAAGCUAAACACUGGUGUGCAAUUGUGUCUGGUUGCUGGAACGUUGGCUGCUCCAGUUUAUCAUUUCAUAGACCAUCCAAUCCUGCAAUGCCUGUGUUACAUAACAGCACUCACAACAAUUGCUGGUGGUGUCAGUUAUUUGUUAUCAAAGGACACUUAUAAAUUAUUGACAAAGAAGAAAACGCCGACGCGAACGUCACCUUAGACGCAGUUUGUAUAUUAUAUGUAUAAUAUUGUAUGUUUGUUCAAAUUUUGUUAAAUCAUGUAAUGUAUAUUAUUUCUUUUUGUACUAUACUACUAUAUCUUGUAUAAAGAUUGAUAAUCCUUUCUUAAAUCCUUUUCGUAAAAGGCAUUCUCUACAAAAUCCUACAUGUAUAAAGUUUUGUAAAGUAUAUUAAGAAUGAUAAACUCGAUAUUUUUAUUACA